ACCACUACCCUUACCGUACCUCAACCUAAUAUAAAUAUUAGCACAAGUAUUUUACCUAGCACCACUCAAACAUCUAGUGUUACCACCACUAAUAGUACAACAUAUCAUAAUAAUAUACCCAGGCCAACAAGAGCAAAAAAUGACCCAAAGAAUCCUCCCCUCUUAUUAUGA